AGACGGCCAUCUUGCAUUGGGAUUGAUUGUUAAUUUAAUCGUAAAUACCUUUAUACCUUGGAACUGGAGGAGUUGACAGAAAACUGAUCGCAAUCACAAUUAACCUAAAAAAGGUGAUAUUUACGAUUUUGACAUUAGUGAAAAAUUACGAAGUUGGAAGUAUGUCUAUAUCGGAAUCGUUUAGCAGGGCGCCGUUAUUGCUGAAGAUAGCCAUCGGAAUAGCAUGUGUUGGGUGGUUUCUCCAUCUGCUUGGUUUUGCCACACCCUAUUGGUCGACAGCAAAAUACUUUUCGAUUUUUGGAAUUGAUAUUCAUUUUGGCCUUUGGUAUUAUUGUGCAGGGAAAGAAUGUGACGGUUACGGAAAGGUUCAAAGUUGGUUGGAGGCUGCCCAAGCGUUUGCAAUACUAGGAUUCCUGGCCGGUCUUGCAGCUAUAGUUCUUGCCAUAUUGUAUGUGUUCGUGGAACAGCUGAGGAAGGACAUUUUUUACAUAGUGGCAGCCGUAGGUAACCUUGCUGCAGCGGGAUGUAUCUUCCUGGCCGUGGUUAUUUUCGGAUCUAAGAUCACCAACGGACUAUCGUGGUCAUUCGGACUUUCCAUCGUUGGGAUGAUAUUUCACGGUGUCGCAGGAGUUCUAAUGGGCGUCAACAGAUUCCAGAACAAACCACAGUAGAAGUUGGAUCGGAAUUAUGUUUUAAUCUACAUUUACAUAACUUUCUUUAUUAACAUAUCAAGUAUAUCUUUAUAAACAUUUGCCGUCGUAAUUCUUGCAGAAACUAUCUCCCUGUUAAGUCUUUUCAUCGCUUUCUGCCAUAUAUAUUUUAGUUUUCCCUAUGUAAGUAAUUAAUGAUCUAAGCAGAACAAAUCUUCAAAACCUAACAAUGUGAUCUUUCCAGUGAACGGAUAAAAAUGAUCUUGAAAUUCAUUUUUCAUGUUUGAAUCUAUCUUCAUUCAUUUAUUUUAUAAAUUUAGCCAAGUUUUGAACGGGGCUUAAUUUAUUAAUUGUGAUGCAACAUAAGUCGGAGUCGUGUUGCGGCCCCAUGUGUCUUAAUCAUCUCAACUACUCAAAUUCCUCAACAAAACACGGGUAUGAACGUUAUGGUAAAACGAUUGAAGUAAGGAAUGACCACCUUUGUACGAAUGGAAUUAGUUCCAUACCGGAAAUUGGUAAAUCUUAAACGCUUGUCUAGUCCACAAUAACCAUACCACAAUGGCGUAGUGGGAUUUCCCAUAACCAGUUCGGGAGACAGUUAUGUCAACGUACAUUCAAGCUGUACUGACUAGCUAGAGUGGUUCUCAAUUAAGUAUUUACUUGUACUUCAUUAAUGGCACACAUACACGUGUUCUUCGUUUGGGGAAUAACGCCCUCACAGAAGCCAGGGUCCUACAGAAAAAUGUCGGUAAUAUUUUGAGGUGAUGCUGUAUCCUUUGAGAACUUAUAAAUUACUCUCACAUGACCCGUGAACUAUUAAUACAAGACACCUGGCUCAGAUUUGACUACAAGUACAUGUAUUAUUUUUAUUCAUACGAGGACAAUUCUUAGAAAACAUACGAGGCACAAUGUGGGUAAAAUUACCGGAAGAUGAAAACUCCAUUCUCUAAAUAGAAGAAUCAUAUGGAGAUGAAAUUGGUGUAUUGGUUCAGGUGUAGACCCCUUAAAAAUAGCUGUCGAAUUUCAGAUAAAAACAUGUAUUAGGUGUCGAAAACAAAAUAUGAAAUAGUGACCAUCUAUAUCUUCGAUUUUAAUUGUUUUUUCACUUUCAUUCCAAUCGUCUUGCGACACUCAUUAUUGACGGAGUUGUUCCCCCUCCAUCAUGUUGUAGUUUCCCGAACAGCGGCAAACAUGACUUACCAACUGGUUAUGACGAGCUAUUCAUCUACCAUCACCAGUUCUGUCUGCUAAUGACACGUUAAUGGUCUCCUUGUCAAUAACACACUUUGAAAUAGUUUAUCAUUAGUUUAGAUUAAAUUUUAAUAUUUGUUAUCUAACUUUUUUUUUUAUAAUUGUGUAAAUUGUGUUGUUUUCAAUACCAAAUAAAACGGCAGCAAAGGAUAUUACUCUUUGUUUAAUAGUAUAAAAUAGCGAUAUUGUAAGCCAAUCACCGUAUGGUCCUGCAGUACCCGUUAUUAUUUGCUGACACACUUAAUGAAGCCCACCAUUGUUUUAUAAUUAAUAACACUAGUAUGCACGUGUCGUGUUUUGCCAUUCCAAUAUGUCAAUCGGAACUCCUUGGGUGUGAGGUGUAUGAAUAUCUGAGUAAUUCAAACAUUUUGUUCGCUGGAAAGCGUUAAAUUACUUCCGAAUGGCGCGGAGAGAAAAACAGUUUGAAUAGUUUAUAAAUCGCAAUAAUGAUUAUACGAUAAACCCUACAUGUAAUUAAAACAUAAUACUUAUAUAAAAAUGAAACGAUUCUUUGUCAGUAUUAGGUCUACCAUCGACUACAAGAAACAUGUUGUUUUGAAAAAUAGUUCCCUAGUGACAAAGUGGAAGCUUCCUCGUUAUGUCCGAUGUCACGUCCGUGGAGUUCCGAGUCAUGUAAUGUAGCCUAGAUAUAGAGGAUAUCUAACAGUGUCUUCAGUAAUACCAAAUAUAUUUCACGAGUGGGGCUAAUAUUUUGAUAUUUUUCACAAGUGCGCAUGGUAUUUUCUAAUCAUUAAUUUGAUUGGUCAAAUCAGCAAAAGUGAUAUUUUUCACUAGUGAAAAAUAUGAUAUUCUUCACUAGUGAAAAAUAUCAAUUUUAUCAAAUGAAUAAUUUUUAAUAUUUCACUGGUAAAAAUGUAAUAAAUGCUUUUAUUUGUAGGUAUCAUCUGUUUAGCGCCACUUUAUGAAGAUUUUGGAAUAGCUAUAUCAGUGAUGACAUAAUGACGUCACAACGAUAACCACAUGAUCAAUAGUGUUCUAAGUCUGUCAACAUAUACCACCCCUCUACACAAUAAGGAUGCCGCAAGAACCCUCGAUACUUAUCUUAAGUGAAAUCAUAUUUGCCUUUUGUCUACAUCUACAUGUACAUGUAGGACUUUAAACGGCGGGGCGGGGCGGGAGGGGCGUCUAUUCAGCUUCGUGAUGUCUUUAAGACGUGAUCAUUCUAAACGACAAAUCAAAAAUUAUUCUUUUUUUUGUAACGUCAAGACAUUCACAUGAACCUGGUGCUGAUUAAUAAAACUGAAUGUGUCCCUAUUGUUGGGUACAGUAGCCAAAAAUGUAUCCACUUUUGUCAUUUGUAGGGGGAAACACAUUUUCGAGUAUGUGAGACUCGUUGAGCAGAAUUUGAUAAAUAUGGCUUAUAAUAAGUUCGGAAUUAACCUUUAGUUUCAUGACCUUUUUUAAGUUAAGGAAAUAUUUGAUCUAGAGCCUGAAAGCGUGGUUUUAAGUGUUAGGAACGUCUUGCCAUUCUUCUGAACAAUGGAAACUGAGCUUUUUGACGUACAUUGUACGAGGAGUUUUAAAAAAUAAAAAAAGAAGGCGAUGACUUUGUAUACUAAGGGAGAUAAGUGUGCGAGGUUUAGAGCUUUUAAGUAAGCAUUACAAUUUUAAACAGCUUUGUAUCGAUACUUCCUAUACCAUUUAUGCCUUAGUGAUGCUUAUUUUAAAUAAAUAAAAAAAAUAUAUAUUUCA